UUUCGGCAUCAAGCCUAGAAAAGUAUUAUGCAUGCAUAAAUAUCAAUCAGUCUUUGGUGUAUUAGCAAUCAGCUGUUUAGUCUGUCGCUCUGUUUGAGGGGUUAGCAAGCUAACGUCGAUGUUGAAACUGACACGCAAAGGAUCUAAAGUUAACCUCACGCCUUUCAUGACAACAAGCGCUAACUAGCCACCGCUUUUCUGGUCUGACACCCACUGCACGCGUGCCUCUGUCAUUCGUUUUGGACUUUUCAAAGCGGACUUGAAGACUGAAGGAGUAAGCCACGAAGGCAGCAACUUCGUUGAAAGGCAUUUAACGAUGGAUAGGACGGAGCUUAUUCAGAAGGCCAAGCUGGCUGAGCAGGCAGAGCGCUACGACGACAUGGCUGCAUCCAUGAAGGAGGUGACUGAGCAGGGAGUUGAACUGUCGAACGAGGAGAGAAAUCUGCUCUCUGUCGCCUACAAGAACGUUGUCGGCGCACGGAGAUCGGCCUGGCGAGUCAUUUCUAGCAUCGAACAGAAGACCGAGGGCAACGACAAGAAGCUACAGAUGGUGAAGGAAUACAGGGAGAAGGUGGAAUCAGAGUUGAGAGAUAUUUGUAAUGAUGUGCUGGAGCUUUUGAACAAACAUUUGAUUGAGAAAUCCACAAACCCUGAGAGUAAAGUCUUCUAUUUGAAGAUGAAGGGUGACUAUUACAGAUAUCUCGCUGAAGUUGCCGCAGGAGAUGCCAAAAAGGAGACGAUAACCAACUCGCAGGGCGCCUACCAGGAGGCCUUUGACAUCAGCAAGAGCGAGAUGCAGCCCACACACCCCAUCCGCCUGGGCUUGGCCCUCAACUUCUCCGUGUUCUACUAUGAGAUCCUCAACUCCCCAGAACAGGCCUGCUCCCUGGCCAAGCAGGCAUUUGAUGAAGCCAUCGCUGAGCUCGACACGCUGAACGAAGAUUCAUACAAAGACAGCACGCUUAUCAUGCAGCUACUGAGAGACAACCUCACAUUAUGGACCUCUGACAACGCUGCUGAAGAAGGAGAAGGUGGAGACGGAGGCGAGAAUUAGGAGACCUAAGACGGCUCUCUACGAAAACAAGGAAAAAGACGGAAAAAAAAAACUUUUUACACAUUUCAUCCCUUCAUUCCUCAGUUCACUUAAGAAUAGUCUUUUCCGUGGAUCCCCAUAACUGCAGAUGUGCUGGUGUGUGCCUGUGAGUGUGUCCGGUGCCUGUGAAGAGUAUUCACUCUCCUCGAAAGAUUUAAUCUUUUACGGUUGCACAGCAUCGAAUCGUGGUCAAUUUAAUUUGCCCCUCUUUGACUCUGAUCAUCAGAAAAAUACUCUUAUCUCAAAUUGAAGAUGGACCUCUGCCAAAUAGCAAAAUAAUGUAUCGAAGUAUCCACCCUCUGUGAAAUAAAUAAUCAUUGCUGCAGCCAGUUGGUUUUAGAAGUCACGUAAUUAAUUAAAUGUAGAUCAUCUGUGUGUAGUCAGUGUGUUUCAAGUGAUCCUACUAUAAAUACACCUUCAUCUGUCCUGGCAAAAACUACAACAUGAGGACAAAAAAAAAAAAAAAAAGAUGCUGAGCAACUCCGAAAACAUUGAAAAGCACAAGUGUGGAAAUUUCACUGGAUAUAUUUUUUAACACAAUCAAAUGCAUCAUUAAGAAGGGUAAGGAAUAUGGCAUGGCCGUAAAUAAUAAUAAGAAUAUGUCCCUUGUAAAUCCGCCUAGAGCCAGCUGUUCUCAAAAAUUAGAUGGCCGUGGAGGAAGGGGAUUGGUAAGGGAGACCACCCGGACUCCUGAAGGAGCUACAAGCUCUCAAUGCUGAGAUGGGAGACUGCAUGCGUACCCAUCACUCUACUGGGAACUGGCAGAGAGAGUCCCAUCUCGGCUAGAGUUUACCAGAAGAAUGUGGGAGAUUCUGAAGUCUAAAGUGUAGGGAAGUUUUACGGUUUAGUGUUGUCAGACAAUAAAAGGUGAAAGCUUCCAAUGAGGGUAAAUACAUUUUAUAGGCACUGUGUGUGUGUGUGCGUGUGUGUUUGUGUACAUGGACUUAUUUUGUCUUUUUUUCCACCACUUGGCUUUUAUUAUGAUUAUAAAACAGAGUUAAAUUGAUAUCUCCAUUCCUUGAAUUGUGUAUGUCCCAGCCUUCUUUAUGUGCAGCCUCUGCCAUAGAAAAGUAUUAAUAGGUUCAUGUACCACUGAUUAUGCCUCCGCUUGAUGAGAGGACAGCAGGAUUUGUGUGCAUAUUUUGAAACACCAAAUGGCUAGAUGCAUUUCCACCCAUAGCUAAGCACUGGGAAUUCUAAAGACUGACACAUGUACUUUUAGAGAGAGUGAGAGAUAGCCAUUGGCCAACAUUUGUCCUGUCUUUCAAGCUCUGGUUGGACUGUUGUUACAUCUGCAGAUGAGACAGUGUGUUGUUGGCCAUUCAUGCAUUGGACUUUUGAAGCCUGUUCUUUUAAGCUUUGUGAGCUGUAGUCUAACCACAGUAGCAAGUCAGUGAGCCUUUCUCCGCCAAGCCAACACUCUUCGUUGGUAGUAAUACGGUGCGUCCUUGAUGGGCAAAAACACUCCUUUUUGGGUAACGUUCACAUCAAUGUGUUUACACGUAGCAUGUAUGAUCUAAUAGACUUAACAUUAUAAGAUGGAGUUUUAUGCAGACCAAACAAUGAGUAAAUGAAAAAUAUUUAUAUGACCUCAUGCAUGCCAGGAUUCAGUGGACACUGGAAUGGGAAAGAAUUCUGCAAUCACAAAAUUCCCACUUUGGACUUAGUACUUUUCAUUGCAGAUUUGUGCACAUGUACGGAGGUGUCUGGUUUGUCCAGUGCUUUGUCUUUAGAGAUUUGGAUCACUAUUGUGUAUUUGCUAAUCAUUGAUUGUAGUCCUAAAAGCCUUGUGGAAACGUACAUGCCCUACGCAAGUUAUGUAACAUGAAUAAAGAUGACAUUUUGUAAACCA